GCAAAUCAAAUGGGAACAUCGGCAACGCAAAAGCAAAAAUACUUUUUGAAAAAUGGAAAAAAACAAACUGAGCCGAUGAAUCCACCAAAAUCCACCUCUUCUGUAUAAAUACGAUUGGAUCGUUACUCUCUCUCUUCCUAAUCCAAAACCCCUAAAAUCUCUCGCCAAACCCCUCCGUUUUCACAGAGAGAGAAAAUCCAGGGAACGGGAGUGGAGACCGGGAAAACUUUCUUGCAAAGUCAUUGAAUUCAACUAUGUUCGGCGAUCGUAGAAAUGAUGAUGGCUGGCCGAUGAUGGGCGGCGAUUCUUCGGCGGCGGCAGCGGCUGCGAUGCCGGCGGCGGCGUGGACGAGGUUCGAGGAUAAGUUGUUCGAGCAUGCGCUGGUGGUGUACCCGGAGGAGACGGCCGACCGGUGGGAGAGGAUCGCGGAUCGGCUGCCGGGGAAGUCGCCGGAGGAGGUGAGGGCGCACUACGAGGCGCUGGUUCACGACGUGGUCGAGAUCGAUUCCGGCCGGGUCGAGUUGCCGUGUUACUCCAAUGAGUCUGCCGGGUGGGAGACCGAGUCCAGGCCGAGUCAGAUCUCGUUUGGGUCGGCGGCAGGCAGGCCCAAGCAGGGCGACGUCGAGAGGAAGAAAGGUACUCCUUGGACGGAAGAAGAGCACAGGUUGUUUCUGAUAGGUCUGAAGACUUAUGGUAAAGGUGACUGGAGGAGUAUUUCAAGAAAUGUGGUGGUAACCAGGACGCCUACACAAGUGGCUAGCCACGCUCAGAAGUACUAUCUUCGCCAGAACUCAGUGAAGAAGGACCGGAAGAGGUCAAGCAUCCACGACAUCACCACCACAGCCGACACCCAACAUGUUCCUCCGCCAGCUCAAUUCCCAAACCAAGGAGUCUCGAUGGGGUACCAGAACUUCAACUAUCCGAUGUAAAGCCAAUCGACACAGAAAGCUACAGGGUAGUGUAUAUAAACUACUAUUCAAGUGGACAAGUAAUCUGUAAAGUUAUAUUCUUUGUUAGGGCAUAGUUAAGUAGGGGAUUAGCAAGUGAAUACCAGGGGAUAGGUUGUGAUUUUUGAGUUAUUUCUUAACAAAUAGAAAAGGAAAAUGGUUUGGUAUAUGAGGGCAUGGUUGGUUGGGGUCCGGCAUAUGUGAAAAUGGUUUGGUAUGGUUUGUGUAGAAUGUAAUAGUAAAUGGAAACGUUUACUGCUGUUCCUGCCCAAAAUUGCUUCUUCUCGAUUAGUUUGUUUUAAGGUUUCUGUUCUUUAGCAAACACGAGGGAAACGGGGGUUCGCUUGGAAUGCUUGCUCAUUCCGACCUCACACAAGGAUGACUUGCCAAGUUAUAUACUCGCCCAUCGUGAGGGAUCUUUUUAAUAGCUUCGUAAACCAUUCCUUGAACUAAGUCACAGAGGCAGAGAGUAAGAGUAAGGUUAGACGGCAGUUCACUAGAGGACUUCAGCUUGAGUUUUGUUCUCUAGCACAGAAUCGACAUCCCUAGCCCCUUGUGGUUUGCUUAUUUAAGGUUGUUUUUGAUUGUGAUGGUUUACCAAUUUUUAGAGUGCAACUUUCUCAAUGGGUAUUGGUUUGCUUGGCUCUAAUUGUGGAGAACAGUGUUGAUCUACUGUUCCUGCCAGCUUCAUCAUCUUUCUCGUGUUUGUACUUUUAUAAAGUUUUUGAUUCUACAAUGUAAAUUAAAUUUGUAAUUUUGCGAUCA